AUGCAGCAAAUGGAGGAAGUGGACAUUGAUUCAGUAUUGGACAUGCCCAACACUGUCGAUAAGCUAUCUGUAAAGCAAAUGAACAGAUGGGAUUAUGUUGAACAAGAAAGUAAAAUUUCAGUGCUUAGUCAUUUGAGAGGUUCUAAUACUGCAGGCAAAGAAUCUUUGGAUACGCUAAGGAGAAGAGGUAGGCUGGUUGUUGGAAAAGGACACAACCGAAAACAUUAUAUACACCCACAAAAACUUUCAGGUAGUGUUGAUGAAAUUGAACAUACGAAAAACACCAUUAUCUUAUCCCCCCUAGAGAAUUCUCAAGCAAAUGCUCCUUUAUUUGGGAAAACUGCAGUGGAGAGAAGCAGGAAUUCCAUUACAGAGCACAUGGAUAAAGGAAAAGCUCCUUGCUCUAAGUUGCCUUUUAAGUCAUCUGUAUACCAAGAAAAUCAUGCUGUUAUAGAUUUAACUGAAAAGAAAAUGCACAAUCAAAUACCUGAAAGGGCAUUUCCACAAGGUGGAUCAACAAAUCACUUAGCUGAAGGAAGAAACGAAUGUCAGCUACCAAGAAUUGGUGGUUCUUUCUUUCAUAACUCUGCAGACAGUUCUGCAAAAUCCAGAAAUAACUGCAAAGGAAAGGAGAAAAUAGAUGGCAUAGAAUUUAAAAGUGUAGGGUUGGUUAUGGAUCAUGGAAAAGGGGUGGAUCCUUCCCAUGGGUCCCUACGUGGAAUGGAAAAACAAUUGCCUGCAUCUCACCGUUCUUUUGUCUCGCCAAGAGCAGUUGGGAGAAAAAGAUUGGUUCAAAAUGGCUGUAUCUCUCCCCAGAAUAUAGCUAUCAGGGACAAGAUACAGGAAAUUAACAAACAAUCCCUAAACAGCUUUAAAGUUGAACAAAAUUUUGGGAAUGUGGCUAGCCAUGGUAAAGGAAAAGGAGUUGUUUAUUCUCACACACCUAAGGAGCAUGAAACCAAUUUCAUUAAUUUAUCUGGGAGUCCUAUAUAUAACAAUAUAGAAGCUAAUGGUUUUGGUGAUUCAAAUAAAGAUGCAUGCUUUGAAGAAAAAGGUGGCUGGAGAAGCACACACUACCACUCAGACAAUGCAGAUCAGGCAGUUGGACAUCAUUUCAGCAGAUUUAAUAAUAUACAAUGUCAAGUGAGUCAACAAAAUGAAAAUAUUGUUGUGAAAAGUGAUAAUGCUAGUGGAGGAAACAAUAGGACCACAUGUGAUGGUCCAGAAAGUCAUGAUGCAACUGAAAAAGCUGGUGUGAUUGUCUCAAAAUUCAACCGAAGAUGUGAACCUUCUAGUGCAAAAACCAUACUGCCUAAAAGGCAAACAAAACAUGUAUUGAACUCAAGAAAUAGUGGUUUUGGUGAUUCAAAUAGAGAUGCAUGCUUUGAAGGAAAAGGUGGCUGGAGAAGCACACAUUACUGCUCACAUAAUGCAGAUCAGACAUUUGGACAUCAUUUUAGCAGAUUUAAUAAUGUACGAUGCCAAGUGAGUCAACAAAAUGAAAAUAUAGUUGUGAAAAGAGAUAAUGCUAGUGGAUAA